UCAGGGUCUUACAGAUAACCUGAAGUCUCAUUAUAGUCAGUUGUGCAUUGAUUAGUUUCACCAAUGGGUGGUAUGCAUAAAACGUAGUAGAUGCAUUUUUUAAGUUUUAACUACACUAACGACUAUGUACGAGAUACCUAGAAGAAUAUACUACGCUUUAGAAGUAUUUGGUGGUUUAGUAGUAUUUACUCCAGUUUAUGUGAAGUUAGUGUAUGAGCAACUUCGGCUACCGCAAAUUCAGUAUUUUUUUUUGGAAAAUGGCAGCAUUCAUGAAUGUGCGUCGUAGAAAAGUUUACAAACAAGCGAGGAUAUACAACGAAGAUAUUUAUCGUAAAUUAUUUAGGUUUAACAGAGAAAAUGUAGAGUGGCUUGCAAACCAUUUGCUUGACGAUAAUGAGGAUCCCGUAGAAACAAGAGAUGGAGCCUUGCCACCUACUCGGAAAAUGGAGAUAUUUUUGAGAAGUUUAGGAGAUCCUGUAUUUCAGCAAGGAGUUGCUGUUGAUUUAGAUGUAAACCAAAGAGUACUGUAUCCAGAACCUUGAUUACUGUAACGCGCCCUACAAUUGUAGGGACGGCCUUAGGCCCAAUUGUAGGGCGCCUUUAUGGCCUCCUUGAUUGUGAUAGUUUUCUACUUCUCCGUGUCAGCGCUCUAUUUUGAGGUUAUGUCACAAACAUCGAUUUGCAUCAAAUUGUGCUUGCUUUUGAGUUAUAUCAUGUUUUAUCAGCCUGAAAUUUCCUACAAUUUAAAAAGAAAAAAUAUCUUCACAAUAGGAGAGCGCUGACGCUGACACGGGACAAGUGUAAUCUAGAAAUUUUUGAAAGAGAGAAAGGAGUAUGACAAUCAAGGAGGCCGUAAAAGCGCCCUACAAUUGUAGGGACGACUGACGAUACGGGCCUUAGAACGUUGAAACGGCGUUUUCCAAUGCUCCAGUAUACAUUUCGCCUAAAAAUUGAAAACAUUCCAAAACAUAUUGUGAGUGCAUUUGUACUUCAUAACAUAUCUAAAUAUUUGCAAGAUCCAUACCACGAUUUUGAUCCAGUUCAGAUGAAAGUACAAGAUGCGAUUGAACUGAUUCCUGAGGGUAAUCAACCACAUAUUCGAAAUCGAGGCACGCAACGUAGAAACGACGUUGCGGAGGCUAUAUUUCGUGAUGUCAACUAAUAUAAUAUCAUUAUGCACAGGGUCGUCUAAUAACAAACAAAUGUUAAAAGUAAAUUAUCUUAUGUGGUAUUCGGUUUUAUUUUCAAUUAGUAAUUAAUAUAUUCAAAAGAUACAACUUAAUAACAUAUUUAUUUAGUAAAACCUUUUAACAAAAUGAAAUUAUAACUCUUAACAUUUAUUAUUAUAACUAUAUAUAUUAUAACAUUUAUAAAUACAAACUUAUUUUGUCACUGUAACAUGUCACGCCCAAUUAUAUCGUUUACUAACUGCUUUUAUCAAGCAAAAUUUGAUAAUCCUCAAGAAUAUUAACAAAUAACAAUUGUUCAUUUCUAUCCUGACCUAACUCUUUUGUCGCCAUCGGAAUCUGACGAGUCACUCGUUUUCACUUGUAGACGAAAUGCUAAUAAUGUACGUAGUAAAAAUGUAUUGUGAACGUACAGGCAGAUGAAAAACGAGUUCUAACACGAUUGAUGUGAUUAAAGGAUCCCCCAAACCGACGCGAAUAUUUCGCAACGACUGCGGUUAAUUCACGACGACAUUGUCGCCCAGGGACUCUUCUCGUAGAAGCAAAUGAACAAGAACAGACCUGUGCGUCAAUUUCGCUCACAGCGCUGCGACAGUGCAGCGUCUAAAUUUUAAUUCGCUGCUUGCACGAUUUUUAUCGCUGUCGCAAUGGCAAACACUGAAAAACUUCUGGAAAUAAUUAAAUAAUUUCCAAUUCUCUAUGACUUUAACAACGAGCACUGCAAAAAUGUUCGAAAAAAAGACAAAAUCUGGGAUGAGAUAGACGUGGAAUUGAAUAAUAAUAAUAAUAAUAAUAAUAAUAAUAAUAAUAAUAAUAACGUCUUUAUUGGAUAACCCGGAGGGACAUAAACAGCGAAGUUUAGCCAAGGCUACUCUUACACUUAACUGUUUAUGUCGGUUACAUCUGAUGUUCAAAACAUGGAAAAAAAUAUAAGAACAAUGAAAAAAAGAACACAUAUAUACCUAAGUAUUAAAUACAAAUAGACACAAUCUAUAUCUGUAGCAGAAAUGCUUAUUUAAUCAAUAGCGAGCAACAUGAUUUUAGUAUGUUUACGAAAACUUUCCAAAGACAUCAAUUUAAUACUGUUUUCCAACUGAUUGUAAAAUAGUGCUGCAUUAUAUGUAAAUCCUCGUUGAAAUAAUGCAGAAGUGUGUGGGGUGGUUCCGAUACUAUAACGAUUCCUAUCAGCCCUGUCAUGCACUUCGUAAUUAAAUCUUAACUUAGCUCUUAGAUAUUCAGGCUUCGAUGACAAUAUUAUUUUAUGAACUAAAACUAAGAAUUUAUGUUUAACCAAACUUCCUAACCUAAGCCAGUUCAAUUCCCUAUAUUUAUCACUUACGUGAUCGUAUUUAUGCAACCCAUAAAUAAAGCGAACACAGUUAUUUUGGAUGAUUUGAAGACGAUUUUUGGUCAAUUGAUCCAAACAUGGAUAAUAAACCACAUCACAGUAACUGAGCAUUGACAUCACCAAAGAUUAGCACAGUUUUUUUCUCAGCUUAAAGUUAAGCAAGUAGCGAUUGGAAUGACACCGGUAAGUUACUCUUUACUGAGAAAUUAUAAUACGUUUAUUAUUUAUGAAUGGCUUAGCUAAGAUGAUCUUGACCAACAAUAUUAGGAGUUGAAGUAGUCAACAAAUUUUUCUCGUGUAGAAAAUGCCAGAUUCGUUGCACGUCUUGGAUCAUUUUCGAUGUUGGUAAAGGCUUGUGAUAGAUCUGGAUUUUCAUCUAGAAGGUGUAUAUACUGUUCGUCACAUUGCUUACUGCGUAAAAAAUCAUGCAGAACGCAUGUAGUUUUUACUAUAAAAAUUGUAGUAUCUGUCUUCGUUUCCAUGGGCCUAUAAGAAAUUCUCCACUCCACUCCACUCACCGCGCCCAGUAUUGUAUUUUUCUUUUCUAGCGUCUGCUUUCGACUGUCUAUAUGGAAAGGGUCUCAUUAGGUAGGGUUUAAGGGCAAAUCUUUCUUCUCCAAGCAAAACAUGAGGACACACCGUUUACUGCCAAUCCACUGCGAUCUUUUCACUUCGAUAUGAAAGUCCCUUAGAUGUUCGCAGCGAAUUUCGCGUGAACUAUAUCGCCACGAAUAUCGCAGCGGAUUAAUCGCGUUGGUUUGGAGGAUCCUUUACA